AUGAAUGCUCGGUCACCAAGGCCAACUAUACUAGCUCAGUUCCAACAUCUGUUUGACUGGUCAGUUGACGAAUUGACAGAAUCGUACAAUCAAACAGGCGAUGUGUCUGAGACAAUAUGUUCCUUUUUUUCGAAAUCCGGUGAUGGUCGAAAAAAAUCGAAAGUGACCAAUCAGAUGGUAGACGAUUGGUUAGAAAAAUUGAGUGAAUUAACACGGGAAAAGGAGCAACAAUUACAUUUCUCGAAAAUAUGUGAAUUAGUCUCGUGCUUGGAGUUGAAAUAUGUUAUUCGUCUGAUAAUGAAAGACUUACGUGUAAAUGCUGGCGCAAAACACAUAUUAAAAGGCUUAAGGAAAGGUGCAUAUGAAAUGUUCCAAAAUUCACGAAAUUUGCGAACUGUCAUUGAAAAAUGCCAGCACUCUGAUAAAGAAAAGUCAAUGGAAAGUGGUAUAGUUUUGAAUACGCCAAUUAAGCCUAUGCUUGCCGAACCGUGCCGGAGUGUUGAACAAGCAAUGGAAAGAUGCAACAAAGAAAUGUAUGCUGAAACCAAAUAUGAUGGGGAAAGAUUACAGUUGCAUAAAGAUGGUAACAACUUUAUGUUUUUCUCACGAUCAUUGAAACCAACACUGGACCACAAGGUAGUCGAUCUGAAUAAAGUAGUCUCAGAGGCAUUUCCAACGAGCAAAGAUUUAAUUGUUGACACAGAAAUGUUACUGGUUGAUACAAAUACGGGGAAACCGUUACCUUUCGGAACAUUAGGUAUUCAUAAAAAGAAGCAGUUCAAAGAUGCGACAGUUUGCUUGUUUGUUUUCGACUGUAUAUAUUACGAUAGCAAAUCUUUAAUGGAAAGGUCACUAAGGGAACGGCGAAAAUUUUUGGAGGAAAAUAUGAAGGAAGUUCCAAAUCGUGUAUUACUGUCCGAUUGUCAUCUUAUUAAAAAAGGAGAAAAUGAUAAAUUAGAAAUGUUAAUCUGGAAAGCCGUUGAUGAAGGUCUAGAAGGUUUGGUAUUAAAAGAUUUGGAUGCAAUUUAUGAACCUGGAAAAAGGCAUUGGCUGAAGGUGAAGAAGGAUUACUUAAAAGGAGGUGAUAUGGCGGAUACAGCUGAUCUCAUUGUACUUGGUGCUUUUUAUGGGACAGGAAAUAAAGGCGGCAUGAUGUCAGUAUUUUUAAUGGGAGUGUAUGAUAAGGAAAAACAAAAAUUUUGUACAGUAACCAAAUGCGGCAAUGGCCAUGAUGAUGCCACGCUAGAUCGUAUCAAUAAGGAAUUAGAACCAAAAAUGCAUAAGAUAUCUCGAAUAUACGAAAAUUUACCGGAAUGGAUUGAAUGUUCCCGACUGCUUGUCCCAGAUUUCAUUGUUGUCGACCCCAAAGAAGCACCAAUAUGGGAAAUUACAGGAGCGGAAUUUACACGAUCAGAUAAGCACACAGCAUCAGGCAUAUCGAUACGUUUUCCGAGAGUAACAAAAAUUCGAGAUGAUAAAGAUUGGAAAACGGCUACUAACUUGCAAGAAUUAGAGAGACUAUUGGAACUUUCGAAAACAAAAACCGACAUUGAGCCAAAAACUAAUGAUGCUAUACCUCUUUGCGCAAAUGAUAAAAAUGGUGAAAAAGAUGACGAGAAAGCUUCAACAGCGAGAAAAAGGAAACGCGAAAUGGUUAACGAGAGUCUUAAGAAUGACGACAAAAUUGCUGUUAGCGGUAUGAAAGAAAGUGAUCCGGAUAGCGAUGAGGAAACGAAAGCAAAGAAAGCAAAAAUACCGUGCAAAUAUGGUGCGCAGUGUUAUCGAAAGAGUGUGGAACAUCGAAAGCAAUUUGAACAUCCGAAAUGA